CAGCGGCAGCGGUCCAGGUGGCAGAGUCCUUCCAGCGCCGAUAGCAGCUUCCCCCGCACAGAGCCUCCGCCAUGGAAGAGGAAAUCGCCGCCCUCAUCAUCGACAACGGCUCCGGGAUGUGCAAGGCCGGGUUCACUGGAGACGACGCCCCCUGUGCCAUCUUCUCCUCUAUCGUCGGCCAUCCCCAGCACCAGGGCUUGAUGGUGGGCAUUGGGCAGAAGGACAGCUACGUUGGUGACGAGGUGCAGAGCAAGAGGGGCAUCCUCACCCUGAAGUACCCCAUCGAGCAUGGCAUCGUCGCCAACUGGGACGACAUGGAGAAGAUCUGCCACACCUUCUACAACAAGUUGUGGGUGGCCCCCGAGGAGCACCCGAUGCUGUUGACCGAGGCCCCCCUCAACCCCAAAGCCAACCGGCUUAGAUCU